AUGUCUGUCCGACUAGGUGCUCCUCAGGCUAUCCUGCGCGCACGCGCGUCUUCGGACGACUUCAACCAGAACCCGUACGAGUACCUGCCCACUGAGUGGAUAUGUAUUCUAUUUCUCGUAUUGUUCUCUCUGUCUACCGCCCUUCAUUUUGUAGAGACCGUGCACACUCGUUUAUGGUGGCUUCUGCCCACUGUAUGCACCGCCGGUGCUCUUGAGAUAUUGGGCUGGGUCGGGAGGUUGUGGUCGAGUCUGAAUGUCGAUGCAGAGAACCCGUAUUUGAUGCAGAUCGUGACAACGAUUAUUGCUCCGACGCCACUGGUAGCUGCAAAUUUUGUCAUCCUCGGCGAGCUCAUCCGCCGCCUGGGUCCACGUUACAGCCGCUUAAGUCCUAUGUUUAUACGGAUACCACCAGAUACCGCCGUCUUCGACAUCAUUUCGUUAGUCGUGCAGGCUGUCGGUGGAGGUAUAGCCGCGACUGCUGUCAACCAAUAUGAAAGCCCCGCUACCGGAGGGAACAUCAUGCUUGCCGGUAUUGCUUUCCAAAUGGCUUCGAUCACUGUCUAUAUGCUGCUCGCAGCCGAGUUCGUGCUCCGCUUCCUGCACGACAAGCCAGUCAGGAACGUCGUGCACGCCGCGGGCCACCACCACUUCAACCGGAGCACCAAGCUGAUGCUCGCGGGGCUGACCUUCAGCAGCCUAUGCAUAUACGUCCGAUCCGUCUACCGGACAAUCGAACUCGCCGAAGGGUGGGACGGGUACAUCAUCACGACCCAACACUACUUCAACUGGCUUGACGGCGGGAUGAUCACGCUCGCGAUGUUCUGCCUGAACGUCCUCCACCCGGGCUACCUCCUCGGGAAGCGCGAGACGUGGAAGGCGUCCCGCGGUGACUCCGAGAAGCUGAACAGCGAGCCGGCCACGCCGGUGAAGACGGUGGUGUCCCGUAGGUAUCCAUAA